AUGCUGUCCAACACCCGGGCAGAACAACGCGAUGACCUAAAGCGAAGGCAGAACCUCUACUGUGGACUUGCCAAGACGAUGCUCUCCCUGGCCUCUCUUCCACAACCCCGGAUCGGCGCCUUCCAAUUCCACGCUGACGGCACUAUCACGGUCUCCAACAGACCGCUCACGACGAGCAUUGCCAUUCUCGAAAAUGACGGCGCACCCUGCUGUAUCCCGCGCGACCGUACCUAUGCGGCCGCAGAGUCAUACGUAUCAGACCUGGUGACCUUUCACGACCACCGUCUCUCAUCGAACCGUAACGCCGCCUUCGACGCCACGGACUGUCGCAGCAUGAUGGCGAGCAAGGUCACAUUCCGGGCCGUCGCCCACCGCUACAUUCUCGAGGAUCGGCAGGAGCGCAAGGCCACACCGACGCGGGAGCCGGUCCUGACCAACGUCAUGAAACGGACAUGGGAACACGGAGAUAGCGACGAGUUUGUAGAGGGCAAAGUGCGCGAUUACGAGACGUACUGCGAGGAGCUGAAGAAGCUCUACGCCGACAACGAUGCACCUGCUGGCAAGCAGGCCCCGCUGUUUUGUACUCUUGCAUAA